UCAAUCGAUAGUUUUUAUUGCCGCUGUACGGCUCGCGAGGGUGGGUGAGUCUCGGGUCCGGUUUUGAGGUUAGGGUUAGUGACUCGGUGACACUGGAAACGGCGGACACAGGUUCUCGUGCGUGUACAGCCACACCGGAAAAAACGCAACUGUCUCACCCUUUUUGACGAUCUAGUGACAAGACGAACGCCCACACGACUUCGCGUUAUAAAAUCUCCAUAAAAUUCGUGCGCUGAAAAUACAUUUGCGAGAGAAUGACUUAUCUAGUCGAUCUGUUUAUACACUAUGUAUCAACAAAAUCUUGUGGAACAAGGGAAUCUACGUAUUUUAAGCGGUCUAAAAAUAGCUGUUGCUUCCACCGAGGUUCGUAGACCUUUUCCCCGAUCGUAAUCGCGGAGGCGGUCGACGGCUCGAGUUUACAUCUCAGGAUCGAUUAACGAGAGAUCGCGAUGCAACACGUGACUUAACGAUCCACCGUGUUGGUCCUACGUAUUUGACGCAAGUUUAGGAACCUGAGAACGUUAUCGAAAACUUCGGACCAUCGGGAAGAGCAGUUGAAGAAAGAUGGACACGAAGCAGCUGGAUAGUGCGCCAAUAGUUAGUUACAAUGGAUAAACAAGAGGUAAAGUGAAGAUGUCACAAACCGCGGAUGCUGAAAGUGAAGCAGGCUCCAUCUGCGACGAGGAACGCGUCAGGAAGCUGUUCCAAGCAUGCGACGGCGACGGAGAUGGUUUUAUCGACAGUCAGGAUCUGCUGACGGUAUGCAGAGAACUGAAUCUGGAGAAUUCGGUGGAGGAGUUAAUGAGAGAAUUGGGGGCGGACGAGCACGGUCGCAUUUCCUAUCAAGAGUUCCUCAGGUGCCGCUUGGCUCUUCGGCCGGAGAUCGAGGCUCUCAGGUCUGGCAAGCACAGAACUAGUCCUCAUCAUACGCACACGCCGGAAUACUUACCGACUAGCAGCGACAACAGUCUCGGUACCGUAUCUGGACGGCAUGAACGCUGGGAAUUCGAUAGCGGAGCACGCGAUCUCUCGCCGGAACCCCAUACUCUACAGAAACUAGUGGAAGCUGCCGCAGGGGGGACUGGAAACAUGCUAGACUUGGCAAACAAGCUGCAUGCGGCCGCGUUAUCAUCGCUGCGGUCCGAGGUAGCCGAGUUGAAUUCAAGGCUGGUGGCGGCGACACGAGCCAGGGAGGCGACCGAGGCGGCUCUGGUCCGCGCGGAGGUUCAAGCCGCGCGAGCGGAACAGAGGGCAGAGCAGCAAGCGGCGAGGCACGAGGAGAGGCUGACCGAGUUGCAUUCCGUGAUCGCCGAGCUCGGCAGACAGCUCGAGAGGCAUCGCGCUACCGUAAUUGCCGAGGAGGAUGAGUCCGAAAUAGAGACAAGCAGAGACGCGGAGGGGUCAAUCACUAACCCGGUGGAAGAGAGCGAAGGUGGAGGUGACAUUCAGGGUGAUGGAGAUCGUACAUUGGGAGAUGCCGAUUCCAGCUGCUGCGAGGACAUCGAGCCACGCACCGCCGAGAAUGGAAGAGAACAGCUAGACAGUCCGGCGGCGUUACCAACACCGGAGCCAACACAACAGGCGGCCUCGUGCCAAAGCGUAGCCGUGGCAGCGUUACAAGAAGAGGUCACAGCCCUUCGAGCGGAGAUCGCGAGCUUACAGGCUCAGCUGGCUAAUUUCAAGAAUCAGGCUAGCAAUCAGAGGCAACAGGCUGGCAGCGAGUCGCCCCGCAGAGAAAUACGAACAAGAGGCAACACCAGUUCGCCGGAACCUUUGAGUGCACCUUGCUCGCCACUCUUGCCACCCCUGCAGACACCGCCGACAAAGAGCGUAACGAGGGAGGAAGCUCCGGUUCUUAAAAUAGCCGAGAGGGUAAGACUCAGGAGGACCGACGAGAGGCACAUCACAGGACCUGAUAUUACCAACCUGGGGGUUUGUUCCACGAUGGUGGCUGAACAUCUGGUCUCGGACCUUUUGGAGCACUCGAAUCUUCAGGAAUUGAAUGGAUCCGAGAAACAGUUCGAAGUGGAGACGGAAAGGUUAAAUAGCAGGUUGGAACACGCGCGAGCAAAUAACGCUGUCCUUGCGUUGACUUUGCACGAGAGUAAGGCGCAAUGUGACAGAUUGAGUCUCCUAGUUGGAAAGUACGAGUCGAAUGCAACCGCGUUGCGAUUAGCGCUCUCCUAUAGUGAUCGCGCGAUAGAGGCUUACGACGUCCUGGUAGCGUUACUAGAAAGCGAGAUCGCUCUGUCGACAGAAAGAAACAGCAUCACGAUCGAUAACAGAAGGGCGGCUGAACACGUAGCCUAUCAUGUGUUGAAUAAAUUGGAGAACGAAUGUAUGAAUACUUUAAACGCACCGUGGGAAGAUAGUAUAGUUUUAUCAGACGAGUCUGAGGUGGCUUGGUCCGUGGAAGACGAGCAAAGACUCAGAAGGCACAUUAGUAGACUCAAAGGAGAACGAGCCAUGGUCAGAUCGACUGUAGUGGAGUUAGAAAGUGUUCACGCUGAACCAUUGAAUUCAAAGAAUACAAUUUCCCUCGCCGAAGCCCGGAAAUUAGAUUUAGAAACAGCUGUACUUAUGCAGGAAUUGAUGGCUAUGAGAGAGGACAAGGCGGAACUACGGGCACGAGUCUUCCUACUGGAAAAGGAACGAGCUACCAUAGAAUUGAAAUUAAACGCACGUGAUACGCAAAUCGCAGCUCAGCAUGCUGCUAUCGAACAUCUUCAGGGUCAGCUCAGCGAUACAGAGGCCAUGCUGGCUAUGGCUACGAAUAAAGAUCGAGGUUUAAGCGAUAACGAAAGCGAAGGCAUAGAAUCUGAGUUGAUAGAGGCACUAGGUCGAGAAGCUAGGCUAAAGGAACGUCUACAGGAAUUAGUAUCCACUUUAGACAAAGUUAAUAAAAACUCUGAACUGAGGCAUCAACAGUCUGCUGAGCUUGUUAACGAUUUGAAAAGAGCUAAUGGAGCUCUGGUACAAACUUUAGAGAAGUCUAAGAAAAAAUAUCAAUCCAGAUUAAAAAAGCUGGAGCAACAAAUGUUGGGCAUGGUGGAGAGACAUGCUGCUCAGGUAAAAUCUCUAAAACAACGGAUAGCAUUGCUAGAGGAGGAAUCUACGGGAUAUAAAACAAAUUUACCACUCCAAUCACAGAGUUCUGGCGCCAGCGAGACAUCAUUAUGACAAUUUAGUGAUUAAUCGAAAUCGAUCAAUACGGGCUCUACGAGUGUUUUUAAACUAUCCUUCCCUUCGUUAUAAAACGAUCGAAACGGAGAUAAAAAUUUACGUAUUUUUCUACACGAAUAGUUGCCCAAGAAUAAUGCUUGAUUAUUCGCUUUUGUAAUUAUAUAUAAAAGAAAACAAGUACGAGUUAGUAGCUAUCCUAACAAAUGAAAUUACAAGCUAGGCUUACAAAAAAAUGCGCUGCUGACACAUCAAUGCAAGCAAACUAUUUAAGAAAGUCCUCCAAGUAUACUGUGAAUUAUAAAUAAUUGUUACAUGAUACUAUAUGUCAUUUAUAGACGAUGAUAUUCAUCUUGUAAAUAUGUAUAUUUCAAGCAUUAAAGAAAAGCGUGAUACGUGUAAACUAUGAUGAAAUAAAUUGUGCUUUAUUAAA